UUGAACUCUUAUUAAAGCAUUCCUGUAAUGCUUCUGUAGAGCACCAGAAAUUACAGAAUCAGACGCCUGAACAAUGCUGCUGCUUCCAACACUGAUCACUUUUGCCCUGGGAAUAUCUCUGUUGAAAAAAUCCACUGCAACUCCAAGCCAGACGGUUCAAAAAUGGGAUUCAAAUGUAUGUGCAGUAGUUAUAUGUGGACCUGCUCAGAACGGAUUACCAGGCAGAGAUGGAAGAGAUGGGAAGGAAGGCCCUAAAGGAGAAAAAGGAAGUCAAGGAUUACAAGGAUUAAAGGGGUCACAAGGUCCCCCAGGAAAGAUGGGCCCUGCUGGAUUAGUAGGAGGGAAGGGCUCACCAGGAGAAAAAGGCACAAAAGGGGAUAUUGGAGCUAGAGGAUUUCAAGGAGUCCCAGGUUUGAAGGGUAAUCCAGGCAAUGCGGGCCCUUCUGGGCCAAAAGGGGAUAAGGGUUCACCAGGUGAAAAAGGAGUAAAAGGGGAGACAGGCCUGCCAGGAACUACAGGUUCAAAGGGGCAGCCAGGAAUCACAGGCUUCCCUGGACCAAAAGGGGACAAAGGUUCAGUAGGUGAAAAGGGAGCAAAAGGAGACAAAGGAGACAGAGGGUUACAAGGAAGCUCAGGUUUACAGGGCCCCAAAGGGCAAAUUGGUUCUUCUGGGCUAAAAGGUGAUAAAGGUUCAGUAGGUGAAAAAGGAACAAGGGGAGACAGUGGACUAUCAGAAAUCAAUCUCCUUAAAAGACAAGUAAGUACUUUGGAAGGGCAGCUGAGAGCUCUGCAAAGCAGUUUCUCCAAGUACAAAAAAGUUAUAAUGUUCCCGAAUGGUAGAAUUGUUGGUGAAAAGAUAUUCAUGACCAGUGGCUAUGAAGGCAACUUUGACAGUCUGAAACAAAGAUGUUCCCAAGCUGGAGGCCAGCUUGCUUCUCCUCAGAAUGCCGCCGAGAAUGCUGCCAUCCAGCAGAUAGUUGUUUUGUACAACAAAUUAGUGUUUCUUGGGAUAAAUGAUAUUCAGACAGAAGGUCGUUUCAAGUAUCUAAAUGGAGAAAACAUUGUGUAUUCCAACUGGCAAACAGGGGAACCAAAUAACGACAAAGGCAUUGAGGACUGUGUAGAAGUCUAUUCAAGCGGAAAGUGGAAUGACAAAUCCUGUGGAGAGAAACGGCUAAUUGUGUGUGAAUUUUAAACCACCUAUCACAUUGCCUUUGCUUCACUUGAUGGACGUGACACAUGCUGUAGUGUGUUAGAAUCAAAUAUCUAUCAUUUUUAAUGGGGCUUUGCAGGUAUAUAGGAUUUCAAAGUUUAAAACAAAAUCAUCAGAUUCUGCUUUUUGUGCUAAAAAAUGUUAGUUCAAGUAGAAAGCAGUUUUCCUUCAUGUAUGGAGUCUGAUAAAAUCCAAAUACCCAGAUGCAACCCCAUGCAGAAGGAUACAUUGAUGGAUUAGUCUCCUAGGAAAUACAAGACAGACUUGACAUUGUUCUGAUUGGCCACAAGAGGUCAUCUGUAUGCCUAAUGAACAUGCCUAACGAACAGUGCAUUCUCUUGCUUGGUUAACAUUUAUUAUUUAUUUUUCUAUUACUGUACUCCAGAGACAUCCCAUACUAGGUCAGAGUUCAAUUGUGCAAGGAGCUGUACAAACACUAGGAAGACAUAGCCCCAAAGAGCUUAUAUUUGACUUUAAGAAGUAUUCUGUGCUUCUCUACUUGGAAUUAUUUAAGGACAUAUAUCUGUGUUAAAACUUGGAUCUGUUUGUUGAAAUGCCUAGUGACCUGGAAGAAUAUAAUCCACCGUAUUUUUGUACUGUUGUUCGUUGCUUGAUUUUUUGCCAGUGAAAUAUUGUAUGCACUGUACUUUCAGGUGUGAAGGGUUUACAUGGAAUUAGAUGACUGACUGCAUGAAUUUCCCCAAAUAGUUUCAGAUCACAAAGAACUUCAGUAAAAUCAAUUUAAUUAGAAACAAAGAAAAUCUUCUCAAAACAAAAUGAAUGAUAUGAAAGGAGGAAGGUGCUUAAAUGACCCCAUUACAGUAGUAUUUGAGCGCCAAUAACCUCUGUCCUGUCUGAGAGAUUCCCUUUGAUAUCUUCAUAACACUUUUCCUUUUCCCAGAACAGACAGACUGGAUUGCCUUCUGCUGUCUCAACACCCAACUGUACAUCCAGUUCUGCUUUUACACGUUUGAAGAGGACUGUUUCUCAAAUUUAUGUUGCAAUGCAAAAAGCUGCAUGUAGAAUUCAGCUGACUUAAUAGGUAUAAAUAGCUCAUGACUUCUCAGGCCAAAUAGAACUCCCUGAAUGUCUUUUCUGGCUAAUGUGGUUAGUCUGAAGUUAAAGUCAGUAUCUCACUGAGUCCUACACUUAGAGAUAAUAACUAUGUUUCUCAAUAGUUCCCUCUAUAUAAAAUAGAAAUUCUUGACAGAUGAAGCUGCAUUUGUCACAGUUCUACUUAGUAGAAAAAAUCUUUUUUAAAAAUCUAAAAAUAUCUAAUUAAAAGAAAGAGAUUAAAAGUUGUAUAGAGCAUAAACUCUAUCCUGAGCUUUUAGGCUAAGCAUGUACCUGUGCCACAUCAGUAACUUGUCAUAUAGGAAGCUAAAUAUGAUGAUUACUUAGAGUACACUGUCCAAGAUGUGUCCUUCCACCUUUACUGUAAUUUCUGAGGCAGGUCCUACCAGGUCUUUAGGCAGCUCCUUUUCUGGGGUAGUCCACUGCUUCAGAUAGAUUAACCUUGCUGGAGUAGCUCUUCAGUUGGGACGCAGUACACUUCUUCACUGGUCCCCUCUGGUGUUUCCUUGAUUCACUCAACCUUGUAGGAGCUUUCAAAUGAAGUCUCCUGUGUUCCUGAAUUGAGGACAUUGUGAUGCUCUGUAUCUCGGGGGAGCACCCCCAUGUUCAUCUUUAUAAAAUGAUUGUGUGGUAUCCAAUGCAAAGUUUGUCAUGUUGGGUGUCUUCGGAAGGCUCAUAAUGCACUGAGCAUGGUUGUUAUAGUGAUUGUUAUAGUGAUAUAGUAAUUGUUACAGUAAUGCUAUAGUAAGUUUAUAGGUUAUAAUUCCAUGUAUAUAGUUAUGAGGCUGAAAAAGUAUCCUCAUGGCUUAAAGCAAGCCCAUGCAAAAACUCUCCAAGAACAGAGAUGCAAUUCACAUCUUGUCAGGGCAUGGAUGGGACAAACCCAGCUUAGCCUCACAGGAACAAUGGACAGUGGCUUAGACAGCAACAAAAGAAUCGGUUAGAACCUCGAGGGAGUCCCCCCUUCCUUUGGGCAGUUUGGGACUGCGAUAAGGUAAUGUUCACCUGAUGCUGAAGGGGUGGGGGCAAAGCCAAGAGGAAAGAAAGGACAUGAUAAAAGGGAGAGACAUUUUGCCAUGCUCUCUCUCUUCCACGUACAUCUACAGACACCACCACCACCAAGCGACUGAAACACUGAUCAAAGGGGAGAGCCUGACUGAAAAGUAACCAGCCAGCCUGUGGUGAGAAGCAUCUAAGUUUGCAAGGACAUUGAAAGUGUUAAGAUCAGCUUAGAAUGCAUUUUGCUUUUAUUUCAUUUGACCAAUUCUGACUUGUUAUGCUUUGACUUAUAAUCACUUAAAAUCUAUCUUUAUCGUUAAUAAAUCUGUUUGUUUAUUU